GCAGCAGCCACAUCCUCUCCCCUCGUCGGAGAACUCAAGGAGAAUCUCAGAAACUUUCACAAAGUCGAGCAGACCCUGCGGUCAGGGGAAAGCAGCGCUCUCUCUCUCUCUGCCAGAUGUCCUUUGCCCGAGCGAUACAAGACUUUGAGAGAUGGCUGGUUUAACUGAGACAGACUGGGGGUUGGUAGAGGGGGAAGGGAGAGGACGGCUCUGUAAACACUCCACACUUUACAGCGGGAAAAGGGAUUGCAAGCUAAUGAAAGGGAGAUUUCUGUUGGUUCUUAGUUACCAAGGUUUUGCCAGCUUGCCCUUGUGUACCUCUGCUGGAGAGGGAGCUGGUUAUCAGGACAAGGAGCUGGCAGAAUAUGAAAAGCUUGCUGGUCAGGUGGCUCAGACUGCAGAAGAUCUGAUCCGGGAUGGAUUCACAGAAGGUCCCUAUUACAAAUGUCUUGUGGCUGAAGUUCCAGCAGAUCAAGCGUGUCAAGGACACACAGUUGUGGGCUAUGCAUUGUAUUUCUUCAGCUACGUGGACUGGAAGGGCAGGGCGAUGUAUUUAGAAGAUCUCUAUGUGAUGGAAGAGCUUCGAGGUAAAGGAAUCGGGAGUGCGUUACUGCGCAAAGUGGCUGAGGUCGCACGACAGAACAAAUGCUCCCUGUUGAACUUUGUUGUCCUGAAUAAUAACUUUCCAAGCAUUGAAUUCUACCAGGCGAAGGGGGCCGUGGAUCUGACCAAGUCAGAAGGUUGGCAUCUGUUCAGGUUGGAGCAGGAACAGCUGGAAAAGCUAGCAGGAGGAAAGGGGCAGAAUGCCCCAGCCUCUCCCUCUCUGUAAACAGGGAGAACACCGAGAAUUCCCUGUUUGCAAGAAAAAUCCUAGCCUGGCCAUGGAGAAUGGGGAAUCCCUAUGUAAACCAGUCACGCUGCAGUCAUAGCCUCCCGCCAGCAUGUGAUGCUACAGGAGGAUGAUCAUGUGAUCUGCUGCCACCCAGUCAUCUCUCACUGACUAAUUCAAGUGUCCUCUUCGUCUUUUACAUCCACUAUAACCUGUUCAUUGGUGUUACUGACCCCUUAGUGUAGGAUCAAUUGUCCUGCGCACUGUAAUUUUGAAUGAGAUUAAACUUAUUACCUCUUCAAA